AUGGAAUCCACUGGCGACCCAUCCCUUAGCGUGGUGACGCUUGUCGGCAAAGCAGUCGCGCUUGGGUUCGGCUCCAAGCUUGUGGUGAGUCUUUCCCUCAUGAACGGCAUGGAUGGGCCUGGCCUUCCAAAUUCAGUGAUUAUAGACGACAACCAAAUGAUUCGUGCGAUUACUUUUGUUCAGUUUUCUGGAGGUCCUCUAUGCGUGGUCACCGCCGGUGAUGCCAAGUACAUUAAUGUUUACAAUCUUGAUUCUUUGGUGCACUGCAACCCAGACACGUCUCAUAGAAAUAUUGCCAAUGCCCAUAGCGAGGAGAACACCGCGGCAUUGCAACUCUCGCUGGUGAAAUCGGUAAUCCAUGAGAUUCGCCCCUGUUAUCGCCAUGGGCCACACACCAAACGCAUCCUGUCAAUGAUAACCGAUGUCGAUGGUGGCAUUAUAUUCGCUGACAAGUUUGGCGAGGUUUAUCGUCUGCCGCUGAGUUGGAAUCCCUCUUCCCAGAUGGUUGAGGGGGUGACUGGCGACGGUAAAACACCUGCGAUGUUUCUUUUCCAGCAUUUUAGCCUUAUUUCGACCCUUUACCUAUGCUCACCUAUUCCUCCUUGUGGAAAGUUCUUGGAGGAGUGUGGGGGGCGUGACCGUCGCCGUAUUUUUAGCUGCGAUAAAGAUCAUCAUUGCCGAGUCAGCCACUACCCAGAGGUCUACAAUAUUGAGCAAUUCCUUUGGCCGCAAAGCGGGAAGGCGGCGGUCAUCACAUGUGUUGAGGAAAUCCCCUUUUUAGCCAGAAAAGCUGCUGAUGCCUCCGUGAGGCCGAGCCACACUGCCGAGCCGAAGGCCUUUUCUUACUACGUGAGCGGCAACUGCGAUGGGGAGGUGUUUUUCUGGGUCGCCCGGAAUGAUCUUUCGCGGAAUGCACCCGAAGAGCCCUUUCAGCUAGUUUCUACAGGUAGGCCUGAAUCCUCUGAUGGGACCAGGCUGGAAACAGGCGCCGUACUAUCUGUGGUGUACUUGGCCUGUGGCCUCGGAGCUCCCGAUAGCCCAGGACCCCCGUGCGAUUCACCGGGUGGUGUACUUGUGGCGUACGAAAAGCUGAAGGCGAUUGUUUUAUUUCAACUAUCGUCAACUAAUGAAAACCGUCCUGAAGGGUAUCAUUCACUGGUGGUGGGGGGUCGCAUUCAACUUGAGCAGUUCCCCGUAGCUAUGGUGCGCUAUGAUGAAUCCACGGCGUUGAUUGUGGAUAGAGAUGGGGCCACUACACGAGUUCACCUCUCCGGGACGCGUGGUUUAGUUCAUCCGAAUCGCCAUAUGGUGGGAGAUAUGCAAACGACAGCUCCUGAGCUCCACACAUCAAAUAACUGCACAAACCCUGAGUUGCGUUUGCUUCCUCACGUAGAGACUCCUCUGGAGGAUGGCAUCAAGAACAUCAUUACGCUUAACGGAAUUAAUUUGCUGAGCAAAUUAAACUUAUUUGCACAGUGGCAAUAUAUAGUUUCGGACCCUCAAACGCGCAAUAAAAACCUCUGUAGGGAUAAUACUGGAGAAAAUGUCAAUGUGGAUCAACCUAGUGAAUCCAAUAAAAUUUCUCACAGUGAUAAAAAUGCGUAUAAUAUAAAUAAGCGUGUACGUUCGGAUAACAUUUAA